AUGGUUGAAAUGUUAACAAAGGUGAUUGACGAUGAAAGUAAAUUGCAGAACAGAACAGUGAAAAUGCUAUCUCCUGUAAAAGAUUGCAUUACUAUACCAUAUGACAACAACAGCAGAUAUAAAAAUGUAUCUAAUUUUUCUUGUAUGCAAGAUUAUAAGACAAAAUCAAGAAAAAACAGGAAUUUUGAACAUGAAAGUGAAGGACAGAGUAAUACACAAUUGCUGCAGUGUCCAUCUUGUGGUUGGGAAGAUAUAAAUCCUAACAAAUUGGAUAUAAAAACUGUGAAAACAACUUACGAAAAUAUAAAACCAUUAAACACAGUUCCUUGUCCAGAAUACUCCAAUUUAGCUAAUAAACUUAACGGAGGAUACAAAGCACAUCGAAUAAUAGACAAUAUGUAUCAAGGAAAAUACGAGAAUAUAAUUUCAUGUCCAACCUUUUCUAGCGGAUUACCUAGUUAUACAGGCUAUUCUACAGACAUAUCGAAAACUAACUAUAUAUACUAUCCACAAAGCACUUGCAAUUACAUAAAUCAACAAAUGAAACAGACGACACCAGUAGCAAUUGUUGCAUCCAAACCAAAAUUCUGUACAAGAAAAACACAAUUAUCAAGCAAACAAUUAUUUCCGGAAAGACAAACGAAACAAGAAGUGUCAAAGCAAGUAGCAGUAAAUACUGUGGAACAAUGUGAUAAGGAGAUUCAGAAUACUAUUUGUGCAAGUCCAAGUAAUUGUCAAGUUUUUCAAAUAUAUUCUUCGACACAAGAAGUAAAGCCAAUUGAUGCAAAUACCAUGAAAUGCCCUACAAACGACAUGCGAAAUACGAUUGGUAUAAAAUUAAAGAUCGUAGAAGGUUCUAUGCCGAAUUUUAUACUGAUAACUACCGAUGGAAAUUAUUUGUCACUGAUACAAAGAGAUUUGGAGGAAUUCACAACUAAUAAAUGUCAGAAAGAUACUGGUAAUCAUGAUCAGAAAGAUUUUUAA